UCACAGCCUCUUGCCUAUUUGGAAGAAGAUAUUCGGGAGGUUUUAAAAGAGGAAACCGGAACAGAUAUAUUCUUCAAGGAAGAGGAGGAGUCUGUCCAUAAAGGGUGCAAACUAGAGAACGCUUCUGUAAAGAAAGUCAGGAAGUCAUUGGUCCUGGAUCCUUGGGAAAAAGAAGAACUUGGUGGCCAGUUUUUUGCAGAAGACAAUGUUUCAGAUGUGCAGUCAGAGAAUAUCUAUACCACGUCACUUCUAAUGAUACCAUUAUUGGAGAUACAUGACAAUAGAGACAAUACAACUCCAGAGAAACAGGAUUUCAAUUCAACAAAGCUGAAUGUAGCAUUGAAAAAAAAGCUGAAUACAUGCACUUCAAAAAAUGUUAAAGCAGAAAAAACUCUUCAGGCAAAUUGUGAAUGGGAAGCUGUUGUUUAUGGGAAGACAGAAGAUCAACUUAUUAUGACAGAGCAAGCAAGACGGUACCUGAGCACCUAUUCAGCUUCUGGCACCACUUCAAGGGCUCUCAUCUUGUGAUUGUCUUAAAAACAUAUCAAUCUACCUUUUUUUUCUUUUUAUUACAGACUUUAAGCUGAAAUGUUGUGUUUGCAGUACUUGUUUAAAGCUGCCUUCUAAGGGGAAUGUAAUACCCCUUUUUGGAAAAAAUAACAAGGAUAGAAAUAACCCCCCUCCCUUUUUUUAAAACAAAUUUUAAAUGGUCUUUUGAAAGACCACUAAACUAAAUGGUGAAAGGA